GCCGUCCACGCCGCGCACGGCCCCGCGGGGGCCCCGGACACCUACGGCUGGUUCGAGGACCUGGGCGCGGUGUGGCAGCGGCUCACGCCCGCGCAGCGGGCGCGCUCGGUCGACUUCGUCGCGGCGGCAGGGGACGUCGUGUGGGUGCCCACCGGCUGGUGGCACGCCGUCAUGAACCUUUCCAGCUGGACCGUCGGCAUCACGGAGAACUGCGUCCCGAUCUUCGACUCCGGGGAGAGGCCCAGGAUUGCCAGAGGCACGUGGGAGGCCCUCGCGGAGCGCCUCGAAGAUGAGCAGCUCCAGUCCAUCUUCCGAGCGCUGCGCGGCACGCCCGACGAGGUGCUGCUUCCGGCGCGCGGACGUGGCCAGGAUGCCCAUCCACGACAUCCGGGACGGCUGGUUCGUCAUCCACACUAA